AAGGGAUCCGGGAGCUGGGGGAGGCAGGACCAGCCCGCAGACUGAUGAACAGAUAGACUGGUGGGUAGAGCAGCUGCAGCCUUAGAUUCCCCCAACCCCGUAUACUCCCUGAUGGGUCAGGGAGCUGUACCCCUCUCCCUAGGGGAUGCUGUGGGCUCCUGGGCGCCGGGCACCCGGGCCGCCAGCUGAGCCCCCGUGCCAGUCCAGUGCUCCUAGGGAUCUAGCUUCCUGUGGCCAGGGAGAGAGGGAAGCAGCCCAAACACAGUCAGGGGCCGGGGCUAGGAGGGGGCUCGAAGCCCCGGACCCGAGGGCAUGGAGCGCCUGGGAGAGAAAGCUAGCCGCCUGCUGGAAAAGCUGAAGCUCUCCGACUCCGGCAGCGCCAAGUUUGGCCGCAGAAAAGGGGAGUCAAGCCGGUCAGGGUCCGAUGGAACCCCUUCUCCUGGAAAGGGGCGAUCGAGCGGGUCCGGGGGCCCCAGGAAGCCAGGGACCCGGGGAACUCUUGGAGAAUCUGGGGAUGAGCCACUGGAAACAACCCGCGAGCAAGGCCCCCUGGAGGCUGAGCGAAUCCGACGCUACUCCUUUGAGGCGCCGCGCUAUGAAGUUCCUUUCCCCGGCGGGGCGCCCCAGCCCCGGGCCUUGCCUCUACCCCAAUCGCUGCUCCCCGACUUGCGUCUGGAGACCCUGGCCCCCGCCUUAAGCCCGCGUUCUAGCUUCGCCAGCAGCUCCGCAAGCGAUGCCAGCAAGCCGUCUAGCCCCCGAGGCAGUCUUCUCCUGGACGGGGCGGGGAGUUGCGGAGCUGGUGGCAGCCGGCCCUGCAGCAACCGAACCAGUGGCAUCAGCAUGGGCUAUGACCAGCGCCACGGAAGCCCCCUGCCCACUGGGCCGUGCUCCUUUGGCCCUCCCUUCGCAGGAGCUCCUACAGGCUUUCCUUCGGGAGGUGUUCCCUCCGCCUACCCCGAUCUCCAUGCUGCUUUAGACCGGCUUUGCUCUCACCGACCCACGGGUUUUGGCUUUCAAGAGAGCCGUCACUCGUACCCACCGGCCCUUGGCAGUCCCGGGGCCCUGGCCGGGGCUGGGAUAGGAGCGACUGGGCCCUUAGAGAGGCGAGGGGCGCAGCCUGGACGACAUUCUGUGACCGGCUAUGGGGACUGCGCGGCAGGCGUCCGCUACCCAGAGGAGCUAGCAGCAUUGCUGCGGCUAGCUGUGGGAACCGGAGGGCGGGAACCAGGCGCCCACGGGGAGCCCCCCGGUAUCGAAUCCUCGGGGCCUGAAGAGCCGCCUGGCCCCUUCCCACUGGAAGCAGGCCGGGGUCGGGCUCGGGAACUUGAGUCUAAGGAGGAUUACUUCGGCACAUGUAUAAAGUGUAACAAGGGCAUCUAUGGGCAAAGCAAUGCCUGCCAGGCCCUGGACAGUCUGUACCAUACCCAGUGCUUUGUUUGCUGUUCUUGUGGGAGGACACUUCGAUGCAAAGCCUUCUACAGUGUCAAUGGCUCUGUCUACUGUGAGGAGGAUUACUUGUUUUCAGGGUUCCAGGAAGCGGCAGAAAAAUGUUGUGUCUGUGGUCACUUGAUCUUGGAGAAGAUCCUGCAGGCAAUGGGAAAAUCUUAUCACCCAGGCUGCUUCCGCUGUAUUGUCUGCAACAAGUGUUUGGAUGGCGUACCUUUCACUGUGGACUUCUCCAACCAGGUGUACUGUGUCACCGACUACCACAAAAAUUAUGCCCCCAAAUGUGCUGCUUGUGGCCAACCCAUCCUCCCGUCCGAGGGCUGUGAGGAGAUUGUGAGGGUGAUAUCCAUGGACCGAGAUUACCAUUUUGAGUGCUAUCACUGCGAGGACUGUCGGAUGCAGCUGAGUGAUGAGGAGGGCUGCUGCUGCUUCCCCUUGGACGGACACCUGCUCUGCCAUUCCUGCCACAUGCAGAGGAUCAAUGCUCACCAUGGCACUGCCAACUACGUCUGAGCUGCCGCUUCCAUCCGUUGCUUCUGGCUCCCAGGCUCCAGCAGUCCCACCCCUCCCGGGCAGCGGGCAGUGGAGAGCCCAUUGGGGUGGAAGUGAGGGAUACAGGAAAGAAGGCAGGGCAGGUGGGUGCUCCCAGGGCAGGUGGAGGAUGGCCUGGGGGUCUAAAGCCCCAGAGAGGAUGGUCUCCCGUUUGGGUGGGAGAGGGAUCUUUCUCAGUACCAGAAGAAUUCUCAUGCAGUGAGCAACUAAACUACAGCACCCUCAGAGCCAAGAAUUAGUCCCCCUUUCAGGUCUGAGAACAGCAAUAUGACAAAAUAACAACCACACACACAGUCAUGUCCCUGCACGGGCUGCUUCCUUCAGAGCUUCCCAGUUUCCCUUGUGGAUACACCUGCAAAACCCAAGCAGAAUUCCCGUUCAGAAAAACUAGGAGAAAGCAAAGACCUGCCGAGGGCUCAGACUCUUACCUUUGUCCCUCGCGCGCGGUGUUAACUGCUCCUGGGGGAAAGGGGAGUGGGACCUGUGUUCUACCACCAAAGCUACAGGGGCAGCCAGGGGACGCAGCAAACCUCCCAGCCUGUGGAAGAGAAGAAAGUUCCCAGACUCUGGGGCUUUCUGCCUCCUGGCGUUGCCAUGUAAGGUUUGGUGUGGGGCCAGCCCCUGCCUGUUCUCAGGGACUCCGUGGUGCAGGCUCUGGGGAGAUGGGAGACGCAUGGACUGGAUUUAUCUGCUCUUUGCUCCCCCCUCCGAAGGCUGGGGGAUUAGGGAAGCUGCCCGAUGAAGAACGUGUCAGGGUGGUGGCUGGUAGUUAAGCCCCGUAGACUGCUGUCCCAGAAAGCCUCGCGCCCGCCCAGUGCAUUCUGCCCCGAUGCUCCCGUGCCCUCCCAUCCAUCUCGGGUCUCCCAUCGCCAGUACCGUCACCUACUGAUGACUCACAAACCCGGGCUUACGUACACUGGUACCCUACCCCAGACCCUGGCCUGGGCUCCAGGGAGCCGGAGGGAAGCAAGCACUUUGAGACCUGGCUUCCACGUAGUCGUGAUUCACUCCCAGAAUGAUGCUCUCUCGAGCUAAAAAUCGCAUUUCCCCAAACUCAAGACACCCUGGCCAGCCGGACAAGGGAUUAAGGGGGAGGGACAAUAUUGGUAAAGAUUUUUUUCAGUGACUGGGAAUGAGAGGGCAACAAGCUUGAUUGUAUGGCAUGAGUGCCAGGGACCUCUAGGCUUGGAGAACAAGUCUUCUGUGCCCAAGAAUAAAGAGGCCCUGUCCUUCCCCUAGGCAACUGGGACACUAAAAUCUUAUCACCUUUCAAAGAGGCUGUUUAUAUUUUUUAGAUGAUUCUUUCAAUUUCAUUUUCUCCUCUUCUUGCCCUAAAACUCCACGCUCCAAGAAGUGGCAGGAUGGGCAAAAUGCACUUUUUGGAAAUGCAUCAAGUUAAGAUCUGUUCUGUGUCUUUUGUUACUGAAAAAUAAGAAUAAAAACAAACAAAAAAAGA